AUGUCAAGCUUUUUGUCCAGAACGAUUUCUAUGCCUCUCUCUCUCUCCUCUGUAUAGCAGCUUAAAGAAAUCUACGUACUGUCCUACAGCUCGUUAAUGUCCAAUAUAUUCUCGAGUGAAUUAUUGAUUCCCACUCGAAUUAUGGACUCCUAUCAGCACCAGCAGGGUGGAGGGAGAGAACCACACAGAGGAAGAGAACAAAAGCAGCCACCACCACCACCACCACCACCACUUACAACUUCCAUAUCGCCGCCAUCAGCCACCUCCUCCCCGUCUCAUGAAUUCUCCUUCACAAUCUCCCUGCACUCCUCCACCGCCCCCAACACCACCAGCACACCAAGCAAAAGCAAGAACCCAACUUCACUAGCGAUCGACCUGUCUCCUGCUGAUGACAUCUUCUUCCAUGGCCACUUGCUCCCUCUCCACCUCCUCUCCCAUCUCCCCGUCUCUCCGCGCUCCUCUGCCAAUUCCUUGGACAGCUUCACCAUCCCCAUCAGGGACUUCCCAGAUGAUCAAGGCUCCAUCAAGAGUUGUGGCAAUUAUGACCGCGGCGACAGCGAUGAGGACAACGGUGGUAGCAGCUGCAACAAAAGCGAGCACAAGCAGAGCAUGAAUGGUGAGGAAGAAAGUGAAGCUCCUCGGGGAAGAAGCAAGCUCCGAUCCUUUUCCCUAUUUGGGAUACCCAGACGGAAAAAAGCAAGAGCCAGUGAAGUUAGAGAUGGGGAAGAUAACAAAGAGAAGCAGAAGAGGAAGAAAGUGAUCAGCUUUGACAUGACCCAGAUGUUGAAAAGGUAUGCCAGAAUGGUGAAGCCACUUUUGCUGUUUAAAGGCAGGAAAGGAGAAGAAGGCGGCCAAUUCAGAAGACAGUCACAUUCAUUUUCAGGGAAUGUCAAUGGGAGGAGAAAGAAUCAAGAACUGAGAGUUCCCCAAUUCUCAGCACCAGCAUCAAUGAGGACAUCCCCAACCAACAGUGGCCUCCUAGUUCCAACCACAACCCUCCCAUUUUCUACCUCAGACCAGAGCACCAUGGAAGAGUUGCAGGCUGCAAUUCAAGCUGCAAUCGCCCAUUGCAAGAACUCCAUUGCAGCUGAAGAAAAGCUCAAGGCCUGAGAUGUGUGUUUUUACUAGUUAUUGCCUUAGGUUCUGUAUUUUUUUCACCUUUUUUUUUAAAUAGUCAUCGAAUCAUCAUCUCCUUGUGUAUAAUUAAUUGUACAUCACAUCGAUAAAUGUAAUGAGUUCUUUGAGAAUCACAGAUUGAGAUGACAGGAUGUAGUCCCAGAUUUGAGAUUGGCAGAGGCUUGUUUUUGGUGCUUUUGAUUUCAUCUCCUUCAAAUGAUGUCCUAGGAUAAUGCAUUGGGUUCUGCUCCGCCACCAUACAGAGGAAUUAAACUAUUCUC